AUGGAUUUGAACAAAAAUGUAAAAAAACGCAAAGUUAUAAAAAAGCGAAUUGAGGUCAACGACCUAACAGAAAACAGUUUUUUUAAUAAUACUGUUGAAAUAAUAAAAAGGGAAGUUGGUGAUGGAGCACCUGCUGAAUGUGAAUUUGAAUUAUCUGAAAACUAUUCAAGCAAUAAAAGUUAUGACUACCGCCCAUCGAGGCUUUACUUCAAAAUAGAAGUUGAUGUAGUAUUGCUAGUUUUAUUGGCACUGGCACUAUGGACUCGCUUGUACAAUCUUGAGGAACCCCGUUAUAUUGUAUUUGAUGAGUUACAUUAUGGCAGAUAUGUAUCACUAUACACAAAAGGAGUAUUUUUUUUUGAUGCACAUCCACCUCUUGGCAAGGAACUUUUGUACCUUGCUGGUCGAAUAGGUGGAUAUGAUGGAAUUUCUUACCAGUUGAUGCUCGAAAUGACCAUGUAUCAAGGGACUUCAAUACUGGCAGCUAUCUUAAUUUUAUUUGAUAAUAGUUUUUUAGCGCAGUCAAGAUUUAUGUUACUAGAAAGCAUACAGAUUUUAUUUGGUUUAUGUGGAAUUUACUGUGUCCUAAAAAGCACCUAUAGGAGAGGUUCCGCUACAGUAGUUUGGCUUUGUGUUGGUGCUAUUGCUCUUGGAUGUUGUUUUUCAGUAAAAUAUUCAGGAUUGUACACCUAUUACUUGGCACUAUUUAUUGUUGGAAGGCAAAUUUGGCAGCAAAUUGGUCAUGUUGAAUCCAGUUUGCGACUUGCUUUGUCAGCUUUUUGGAGAUUUUUCAUAUUAAUAGCUGUACCAUUAGCUGUAUAUAUAAGUGUAUUUUAUGUGCAUUUAGCAAUGCUACCCAAAGCAGGACCACAUGAUAGUGUGAUGACAAGUGCAUUUCAAGCAUCACUACAAGGUGGACUUGCAAGCAUAACAAGAGGACAACCAUUACAUGUUUCUCAUGGAUCUCAGAUAACUCUAAGGCAUUCACAUGGUCGAACAUGUUGGCUUCAUUCGCAUGCUCACGUUUAUCCAGUACGGUAUACGGAUGGCAGGGGCUCCUCCCACCAACAACAAGUUACAUGCUACAGUUUUAAAGAUGUCAACAAUUGGUGGAUAGUGAAGCGGCCUGACCAGGCUUCAUUGGCUGUAUCUAACCCUCCAGACUCUAUCCAUCAUGGAGACAUUGUGCAAUUGCUACAUGGCAUCACAAGUCGGGCAUUAAAUUCUCACGAUGUAGCUGCACCUGUUUCACCACAAUCACAGGAGGUCUCUUGCUACAUUGACUACAACGUGUCAAUGCCGUCCCAGAACCUUUGGCGUGUGGAGAUUGUGAACAGAGAUAAUGACGACGCUACUUGGGACAGUAUAAGGUCCCUCGUUCGCUUGAUUCAUGUUGACUCAGGAUCAGCGCUACGCUUUAGUGGGAGGCAGUUGCCUACCUGGGGCUUCCACCAACAUGAAGUUGUUGCCGAUAAAGUAGUGACGCAUCAGGACACAAUAUGGAAUGUUGAAGAACAUCGAUAUACAAAAGCCGAGGACAGGCGCGAGCGGGAGCGUGAACUAGUAUCGGCGGAGAUGAUACCGACGGCGGCGACGCAGCUGUCCUUUUGGGCCAAGUUCAUGGAGCUGCAGUACAAGAUGGUGGCGCACGCGGCCGACGCACCCAGCGGCCACAUGUUCGCCAGCGAGCCCACCGAGUGGCCGCUCCUGGCCAGGUCCAUCGCCUACUGGCUAUCGCCGCAUUCUAACGCACAAAUACAUCUUAUUGGAAACCUAGUAAUUUGCUUAACACUG